GUUUCGAAGUUCAUUCAUCUGCUUCAGCUUUUACUUGCAUUGCAGAGAAGUUUGGUUUGAAGGAAAUUUCAUCAAAGCUGAUCAUGGUGGAAUACGCAAACAUGAUUGGCGGACUAGCCACUCCAACGCGUGAUGGCAAUGACCAUCAUCGGGGUGUGUUAACAGAUGCAAGCUCUCGCAUGAAUAGGCAACGCACCAACAGCUUCAGCACGAAACAACAAUACCAAUGCCUUUCACCAGAUUCCUUUACCACUCCUGAUUGUAAGGGAUUCAAUACUGAUUAUUAUCUUGAAACUGCUGGCAGAUCAUCUCAAUCUCCUCAUAGAAGAUUGAGACGCGACACCAGCACCAGAACACUGCGCAGUCUUGCUCGUUAUCAACAAACUCGAAGAGAUCACAAUCAAUACGACACAAUUCCAUACACGCCUUCAAAACUUUCUAAGGUAAUGAUUGCUGAGUACGAGCUCGACAUUUCAGACAUUGACACACCUUUUGCAACAAUGCCUACCAGACUGUCGCUCAAUAAGAAAUUGCCGCCUAAGCCGAUUUUCCGCCUCGAAACCUCGCCCGAGCGCCGUGGUUUACUGGAUGCGACCGAUCUCAGUUCAUCUUCUUUGCAAUUUCCUAUCCUUCAACCAAAACCCGUUGUUAAAGAAUCCGCGGUUAAAGACUUUUCUCUCACGGACUCUGUUGCUGCAGAAUCUCAUACUCAGGAUUCCGCUUUUGUUGUUACACCCUCAUUCUCCUACAAUUCGGACACCGAUUCGGUUUUUGAAGUUGGCACCGCUCAGAUUGGCACUGCUUACGGCACCUCGACAAAUUCACAGCUGUUGACUCCUCCAGAAGACCAAAAUAUGGCUGUCCCACGGGUUCGUGAGACAAAUGCUAGUAUCAAGCGUCUCCAAUUUAAUCAAGCCAAACUGGCCAAUACACCUGAAACAGCCGCAGCAAAAGACCACGGUCUCGAAGUUCCCAGCGGAAACAAUUUUUCUGCAUCUCCAGGUCACAUUGCUUCCAUGAAGGAUAAUGGGAGUCCCUUGCCAAAAAAUCAGCGUCGUAGCCGAUCCAGCUUAAUAAAUGAUGAAAGCAGCUCCCCGAUGGCCGUCAAUAAUGUCAUUUCCCGUUUUUCGACUCAUCAGAAAACUCAUUUAUCCACAGAUAUUGAUAACAGCGACAAGGCUUCCGUCAGAAGUGUGAUUGACGUUAACAGCAAUGAUGGUUUAACCGAACUUUCAACCCAGGUUGUUAUUGAUAGCUCUGAUGGCGUAACAGAAGGUGCUGAUCAAGAUAUCUCCAACCAAGAUCUCGCUGAAGACAUCACUGACAAUCCGCAUGAAGUCACUGAUCAAGAUGACCUUGCUCAAGCCACUGGCGGUCCUACUAACCAAGAACUCAUCCAAGUCGCUGUCAAUACCCCCAUUCAAGCAAUCGCCCAUGGUGGUUCGAUUGACCGGUCUGAGAGCCAAACAACUAUAGGUCGAAAGAGAGGAAUGUCGUUGCUUCCUUCCACGCGCUUUGCUAGGAAUGCCGAUAGGAUUGUUCUGGGCACAUCGCCACCUUAUUCCAAGGUCAGCACUCGUCUUUAUAUCGACGAGUUUCCCGAGGAUAUUGAGCAAUCAAAUACCGUUCUUGAAAAGAUUGCUAAAAAAACGACACCAGCAGCAAGGCCAAAGGGACUUAGCGCUGCUACCUCGAAGUUCAGCAAACGCAAGUCAUCUCUGCCAGAUUCUCCAGAAAACAAAACCAUUAAGCCGGCCGAACUCACUGUAGAGAAGAGACAAUCGCUGGCAGACCGUCUGUCAAAGCCAACUGCCUCUUCCACAGCCCGUGCCAAGGCAAAUGCGAAGCCCCGCAAGCCAACGCCUGCUCCAAAGCCAAGUGCGAUGUCUUCUGUUAAGAAUGCUGGAAGAGGUCUCAAGAGUCGCCUUUCCGGAAUGAUGCGAAAUCGUCGUACAUCAGAAGUGGUUGUUAUGGACUUACCCAAUUCCGCCCCCGGCAGUGCCCCGGAACGCACAAUUGCUCAGCGCAAUAUUCCUACUGUUGUUUUGGAAAAUGCACCUGAAGUUCCAUCUUUUGAAAAUGACCGCGACGUUGGCGAGGAGUUCGCGUCGUUCUACAGUGAAAUAACCUAUCUUACGGAGCAAGUCAGUCAAGUUAGUCAAGCUGGGUACACCACCAACGAUUCAACUGUCCGAAGCAAAUUUGUUAGUUCUCAGGUUGUUGAUACUUCUAACGAAGCUGCCGAGUCAACCGCGGAGAUGGUCAAUUAUUCUACAUCAGUUGCACAGAAUUCUGCGAUGUCCACUGCUCAAGUCGAUGCAAUUUUCAGAGAGCAAGAUGCAUCACCCUCAGAUUCUGUUAUUGAACACCGAAUCCAAACUUUGUCAUUGAGCGCACCUAGACGUACUCCUCCAUCAGUCCCAAAUGCAUAUGCUCAAGCUCAAGGAAAUGGUCAAAAUAGCGUCCAAGUUACUGCUGGAGAUGGUGCAUCAGAUCCACCACGCGAAGAGAGCGGCAAUGACGGCCAUGCGUAUGAGCAACCCCUACCACGACACGUCGAGGAGUCGCUUGCUGAAAUCAAGAGCACGCUUGAUUCUAUUCGACAUGCCCUUACCGUUGAACGAGACCCAGCUCAACAGAUCGUUCUCGCCGGCUGUGCAGUAUUUCUUACACACAAAGUUCAAGCUAUCAACAAUAAUCAAAAGCUCCGGUUGCUUUUACAACAAGCCCAGGAUGUAAUGAUGCUUGACGCUUCAGUUGAGGCUUUAGCAGCUAAGAGAACUCUAAGACAAUUGGGUCAUCGAGUCGAAGCCGCGAUCAUCAAUCAUAACUAGAAAUCAUAACUAGAAAUUUGAUGUACCUGCUGCUGUCGCCUCUUAAAUACCUCUCAACUUGUCAGCUUUACGUCUCUUUGCCUUCCUCAACCACCAAAAAAAACUCAUUUUCCGGUCCAGCUUAUUGCAGGAUAAUUGUCGCUUCUAUUCUCCCAGUGCUUUCCUUACCAGUCUUUGCUCGUUUCAAUAACUCUUGUAUGCAUUUGAAAACAGCUCUUUCGCUUCUUCUCUAGGAUACUACAUUUGAAUCAGAAGACUCAACAGCUUCAAUUCAAGCUUGGGAAUUUUUGUAGGAUUACAUUGAAUAACUCCACUCUACUACUUCUUCUUCGAUCUCUUUUCCCACAUACAGCUCAACGCACAACUUAUUUUCUUUUCUUUUCUUUCUUUUGUAUUACGGUUCUUGCGAUAUUCGAUCAUAUUUUGUUGUUUUACUGUUCAUGGUACAACGACGAGCGAAUUCUUUUGCUUCUAGUCUUUCAUCUACGCACUCUGGUCUUACUGCACAUGUUCUCACUCGUCUUUUCGAGAGUGGGAAUAGACAAAGUAGGAGAGAUGAAAGGCUUGGUGGCGUAAAGGAUGGGAUGGGGUAUUACUUUUCGAAUAGUUUUUGCUAUGACUAUUGAGGUUUCAUCUCGAGGUUUCUUUCCAAGAGAAAGGAGUCUUAGGGGUGAGAUUGAAAUAGUUGGUUUUUAUUUACGGAUGAAUGGAUGGAUGGAUGGACGGACGGACGGGUGGAUAAAACGAAAUAUUGAUUUCUCUUCACAACAGCUAAAACUUUGUCUUCACUUAAUUCCUCAGGAGGAACUAGGGACAAAAGAAGUUAUUCAGUCAGUUGACGUUCUUUCUUAGGGUUAUGAGGACUUGGGUUUGCGUGAUGGAGGAAUGGUUAAUCUGCUACGAUGAUUAUGAACGAAAUAAUGGAUAUGAAGGAAUGAUCACUUACGGAAAUAAUACUGAUGGAUAGGUAUGAAAUUGAAUAAUCGAAGGAAUGAAUACUCACAACCAGAAAACUUUCGGGGGAUUUCUUCUAUUGUAUCGUAGAGAGCAGCUUCUUAAAUAGGUAGAUAGGUAGAUAGGUAGAUAGUCUCCAGCGAAUGAAAUAUCAAUGGGGAAAUAAACUA